AAUAAGAAUACAAUAGGUAAGCGACAAGCGAGACUCAAUCUUCUCAACCAUACUUUCACUUUCACUUUCACUUUCACUUUCACUUUCACUUUCACUCUCUCUAUCUCUUUCCGCAAUUUCCCCGCCAAUAGUAUUUUAUUCAACAAUUGCAACUCCCUCAAAAACAACCACUACGUCUACCACUAAACAUUCAACGAAAUUCUCACGUAAUUUUAAAAACCCUUAAUUUCUCUAUGUUGCUACGAACACGAAAUUUCUCUGCAACAAUAUGUCCAAUCCCUCAAAAUUUUCUUAUUCCAUCUAUAUUAAUGUUGCUAAUUUCAUCAAAAACUCUUCAAUUCAAAUUUCAAUAAUCAAAUUGAGUUUUCAAAGCACACAAAUGAUCCGUUGUGAGUCUAUUUCGAUUUCUUCAGGCUCUGAUGGUCCCACAAAUGCACUCUUCUUUCAUCGGUUUCCUGCUCAUGAUACUGAUUCCACCCACCACGCCGACUUACCUAAAUGUGAAAUACACCGCAAUGUUGUAGCAGCUGUACAGUGUAUAGAUUGUGUAAAAUAUGGUUUACCUGUCAAACAUAGCUAUCAUUGUUCAAACAAGUGCUUCUUAGAUGCAUGGAGGAAGCAUGUUUCGUAUCAUCGCUAUGCAAACAUUAGCAAUACUUUUAAGGAAAAUACUAUAUUACGGAGAAAGCUAAAGAGAUGUAAUUCAUGGCCGCCUGGUGAAAUGGUGUCAUGGUUCGAUGAAAAGCUAGAGGUUGUUAUACCAACAGGGAGGAAUUGGGUCAAUAGGUUGGGCCCUUCAAAUGCUUUAGUACCAUUUGCAAAUGGUGUUGGUUUUAGUUUCACGCUGCAAUCUGCAAGCCUAUACAAUAUAGAAGCUGCAGUAAGUGCAAAAGAGACCUUUGUGACAGAUCCUACUAUUCAAAGGCUAAAUUUGUCGCCUCGUUCUAUAAUUUGGCUUCCAGAUUCAAAGAAAGUGGAGAAGUUUGACACUACUAAAAAGGUUUCUAGAGUUGGAAAGUUUAAUGUUCUGACUUAUAAUAUUUUGUCUGAUAUCUAUGUAUAUGUGGACAAAUAUCAUUACUGUCCUACAUGGGCUCUCACCUGGGAAUACCGCCGGAGAAAUCUGCUUCUUGAAAUUGUACUAUAUGAUGCAGAUAUUUUGUGCCUUCAGGAGGUUCAAAGUGAUCACUUUGAGAAUUUUUUCAAGCCAGAGUUGGAAAUUUUUGGCUAUACUGCUGUCUACAAGAAAAAGACUAAAGAGGUAUACACAGGAAAUGGGUAUACAAUUGAUGGAUGUGCCAUUUUUUUCCGCAAUGACAAAUUUAAGGAGGUCAUGACCUAUGAGUUGGAGUACAGUAAGUCUGCAUUGUCAUUGAUGGGAAAACUGGAAGUGAACCUGAGAGAUCAAGCUGGAGUUCGUCUGAUUAAGGACAAUGUAGCACUUGCCGUCAUAUUGGAGAUAGUGUACAAUGCUGCUGAGAGUGCUAUAUCUUUUUCUAGACUUUGCGUGGUGAAUACGCAUAUCUACGCUGGUAAGGGCUUCCCGGAUGUAAAGUUACUCCAGGUUUCUGAUCUCAUCAAUGAGAUUGAAAAGAAUAUUGACCCAAGAAUGCCUCUCUUGAUCUGUGGGGAUAUUAACUCUUGUCCUGGAAGUGAUCCUUAUGUUCUGCUCACAAAACAUGAGUUGAAUCCUGAAUAUGCAGAGGGAUAUGAUCCACUGUGUAUAUAUCAGCAUCUCAAACUUCAUCAUUCAAUGAAAUUGGCAAGUGCUUAUGCAUCAGGAUUUAUCAAGCCUGGCAAUGAUAUUGAAGGACGAAUUAUGAUGCAUCCAAAAACAGGAGAGCCUUUUUUCACCAGCUUGACACGGAUCCAUGGAAGUACCUUGGAUUAUAUAUUUUACACAGUGGAUAGCUUGGAAGUUGAAGGCCUCUUGGAGCUUCCUGACUAUGAGAGUGUGGGCAGAGCACUUCCCUCACCUUUGUGGUCAUCAGACCACAUUGCUCUCAUGGGAAGUUUCAGAAUAACAAGACCAUUUCUCGGGUGAAACAACGCCUUAAGGUUGCAAGGGGCUCAUGAUGGUCAAGAAGGCUCUGGCAUGGUGGGUGCACAUAUUUGCAGUUAGGACAUGUUGGUGAAGACUUGCAGAGCAUCACCAGCAUAUGGCACCGCUUGCAAGCGGUCGCCACCAUCUCUGCUGCCUCGUCUGUAGCCUCGAUAUCAAUGGUGUUUGUCUUUCCAACAGUGCUCAAAUUUCUUAAAAGAUCAGUAGAAGCUGGUGGUGGUGGUGAGUUGCUGGAUUUCUUCUUCAUCGUAGUCAUGUUCUUUUCUGAUGUUGAUUUUGAGUAAUUAUUAUGGUUGAGUGAACCACAAGGCAGGUUAAGCUCAAGGUCCAAACUCAUGUGAUAAUCCCUAGGACUUGAUGGCUCUGAACUUUCCCUUGGAUCUCUCAGUGUUCGUUUUUGUGUUCUGGUGUUGUAGAAGUGGAUUUCCCCUGACUGCAUGCAAAAUAUAGAAUGUUUAGUAAAAACUUUUUACUUUUUCAACUAUGAAAUUAAAGAAAGAGAAGGAAGUAAUAUACUCAUUCUAUUUUCAUAUUA